CUUCAUCUUCUUCUUUUUUUCUCCCACCCCCUACCUUUUUUUUUUUCUUCUUUUAAUAUAAAAAAUAUUAUUUUAAUUGUUAAUGCAUUACACGUAUUACCCACCCUUUCCUUUUCUUCUUCCCUAGUUUUGUAGCUCUAUCUGUCUUGAGAAAUAUCAUAUGAAAUUACUUUGUUGGGUAAAAAGUGGACAGUUUCCAGAUCAGUUUCUCCUAACAAUUUAAGGCUGGGAUUUGGGAAUUUGAUGAGAUCCAUAAAGUGUCAAGAACCAAAGACUAAAUUCUUUGGUCCUGGGAGCUUCAGUGAUUGUGUUAAUUAAGGCUGAACAGGUUUCAGGAAGAUCCUAGUAAAAUAUCCUUGUGUUGGGUUUGUUUUGUAAGUUAGAACAAGGAUGUCUGCAGCUCAAGAUCAACUGGAGAUCAAGUUUAGAUUGAUUGAUGGAACAGAUAUUGGCCCCAAGAGUUUUUCUGUGGCUACAAGCGUAGCAACCUUAAAGGAGAACAUCCUUGCUCAGUGGCCUAAAGAGAAGGAUAAUGGUCCGCGGACAGUAAAAGAUGUCAAGUUAAUCAGCGCUGGAAGAAUAUUGGAAAACAACAGAACAGUGGCUGAAUGCAGAAGCCCAUUAUGUGAUAUUCCAGGAGGAGUUACGACCAUGCAUGUGGUUGUUCAACCACCAGCUCAGGAGAAAGAGAAAAAAGCAUCAGAUGACAUGAAGCAGAAUAAGUGCCUCUGUGUUAUACUAUGAUAUUCAGUUCCAACAGGGGGAUGGCUAUAUGCAAGAUAAAGACUGGUGGUUGUUAACAAUGCUGAAGUUGGUGAAGUAGUAACAAACAUGAGUUGUUGGCAUGCCAUCCAUUCUCAAGAUCGUGUAUUGUCUGGUCUCAUUGUCUUUUGUAUUUGCUGCUUUCUUUUUUAGUGCUUGAUGGAUGCAAAGUCCAUUCUGCAUUGAUUGAAAAUUUGUGUUGCUGUCAAGUAUACCAUUUCUUAUCUGUAGGACUCUGUUGUCUGUACAAAAUACGAAUUAACUCGUUGGCUGAAUUCAUAAUUUAAUCUUGAAUAUGUUCUUAUCUUGAUC